AUGGAGCGUGAGCCCCUCAGGCUCGCCCCGGGAGAGCCCCUAUGGGUGUUUGGCUACGGGAGCAUCGUCUGGAAGGUGGGCUUCGACUUUGACGAGCGAGUGAUUUGCUCCGCUCGAGGGUACCGCCGCAGGUUCUACCAGGGAUCCACGGACCACAGAGGCACGCCUGAGUUCCCCGGUCGGACGGUCACGCUCGAGCCGUGCGAUGCCGACGUGAACCCGCCGUGCUGGGGGGCCGCCUACCGCGUGCCUCCCGAGCGAGCGGAAGAGGUGCUCGAGAUACUCGAGGUGAGGGAGAAACAGUACGACAAACGGAUCAGGCUGGACCUCUACGACGACAACGGCGAUGUCGUGGUGAGGGAUGCCGUGACAUACAUAGCCACUGGCGCGAGCGAAAACCUGAACUGGCUUGGCGAGGCGAGCAUCGAGGAGGUGGCCGAGACCAUAGCGACCGCGGUUGGACCGUCGGGAGCAAACUCGGAAUAUCUCCUGAACCUCGCCGAUGCCAUGCGCGGCAUCGGAGUUCACGACCCGCACCUGGACGAGCUUGAGCGGCGGGUGAGGGAGAUCAAGGAGAACCGCACGGGCGAGUGA